GGGCCGGGCCCCAGGCCGCCGGGACGCCGCGGGCCGAGCGCGCCGCCGGGCGAGGGUCCCGCGCCCCUCGCUCGCCACUGCCCCCGCGGCUCCUCCGCGCCCCCUCGGCGGCGGGAGGCUGUCCCCCAGCGGCGUCGGGCUGGAGCUCUUUGUGGGGAGGUCCCGGGGGCGCGCCCCUCCCGGGCCAGGCGCUUCCCAAGCGCACCCCACUCUGCCGGGUGCAGCCCGCCGUUUCUCAGGCGCCUCCCGGGCCCCUCGCGAGCCCUCCGGGAAGGGCGAGCGUCGGUGCGCGCCUGGGACUCGGCGGAGGAGGGCCGCGCCCCCCGGGGCCCAGGGGCUCCACGCUCCGGGACCGGGUGUGGGGCGAGGCGGCCACGGCCCUCGGUGGGACCCGCGAGGACAGCAACAAGUUCGUCUUCAGCCUCACCCUGUCCAACUUCCUGCUGUCCGUCUUGGUGCUGCCCUUCGUGGUGACGAGCGCCGUGCGCAGGCGAUGGAUCUUCGGCGUGGUCUGGUGCAACUUCUCCGCCCUGCUCUACCUGCUCAUCAGCUCGGCCAGCAUGCUCACCCUGGGGGUCAUUGCCAUCGACCGCUAUUACGCCGUCCUGUACCCGAUGGUGUACCCCAUGAAGAUCACGGGGAACCGCGCGGUGCUGGCCCUCCUCUACAUCUGGCUGCACUCGCUGGUCGGCUGCCUGCCUCCCCUGUUCGGGUGGUCGUCGGUGGAGUUUGACGAGUUCAAGUGGAUGUGUGUGGCCGCCUGGCACCGGGAGCCCGGAUACACGGCCUUCUGGCAGAUCUGGUGUGCCCUAUUCCCGUUCCUGGUCAUGCUGGUGUGCUACGGCUUCAUCUUCCGCGUGGCCAGGGUCAAGGCGCGCAAGGUGCACUGCGGCACGGUGGUCAUCGCGGAGGAGGACGCCCGCAGGGGCGGGAGGAAGAACUCCAGCACCUCCACCUCGUCCUCGGGCAGCAGGAGGAACGCCUUCCAGGGCGUGGUCUACUCAGCCAACCAGUGCAAGGCCCUCAUCACCAUCCUGGUGGUCAUCGGCGCCUUCAUGGUCACCUGGGGUCCCUACAUGGUGGUCAUCACCUCCGAGGCCCUCUGGGGGAAGAACUAUGUCUCCCCAACCCUGGAGACCUGGGCCACGUGGCUGUCCUUUACCAGUGCCGUCUGCCACCCGCUGAUCUAUGGACUCUGGAACAAGACUGUCCGCAGGGAGCUCCUGGGCAUGUGCUUUGGGGACCGGUACUACCGCGAGCCGUUCGUGCAGCGGCAGAGGACCUCCAGGAUCUUCAGCAUCUCCAACAGAAUCACAGACCUGGGCCUGUCCCCACACCUCACGGCACUCAUGGCGGGUGGACAGCCGCUGGGCCACAGCAGCAGCACAGGAGACACUGGCUUCAGCUGCUCCCGGGACUCAGGAACGGAUGUGAUGCUGCUGGAGGACUGCGCCUCGGAGGACGCCCCGCCUGCGCACUGCACCUGCCCGCCCAAGAGGAGGAGCUCGGUGACGUUCGAGGACGAGGUGGAGCAGAUCAAAGAAGCUGCCAAGAACUCCAUUCUCCAUGUGAAAGCUGAAGUACACAAGUCCUUGGACAGCUACGCAGCCAGCUUGGCCAGAGCCAUUGAGGCCGAGGCCAAAAUCAACUUAUUUGGGGAGGAGGCUUUGCCGGGCGUUUUGUUCCCAGCACGGACUACUCCAGGGGCUGGCCCUGGGGGCCGCCGAGGCAGCAGAGCCCUUGCGAGUCAGAGGCUGCAGCUGCAGAGCAUUGAAGAGGGGAACGUUUUAGCUGCAGAAGAGAGAUGAGGGCCUCAGGCGGCCUGGGCUGGAUGGAGCCAGGGAUGCUGGCCUCGGAAGCAGCCCCACGCCAUCUGUGCAGAGCCUGGGACAGGUCACCAGACACCGGGAAGGAAGCAGCUGGUGUGCGUCUGCAGGGCUGAGGAUGGUGGCUGUGGGAGACCGUGUGCAGGUGCUCCUGGGUCUCAGCGAUGAACCAGAGGCAUCCACGUACACAAGGGCAGGUGGAGUGUGGCAUGCAGGAGGAGCAGGCCUCGGAAGACCACCACCCGGGCCCUCUCCUCUUCACAACCUGUACCAGGAGUCCAGCCACUGUCCCAGAUGCUGGGGCGCGUGGCCCGGUGCGGCUGAGGGCAGCAAGCGCUUGACCUGCGAGCCCAUCCUGGGCUCUGUGGGCUCUAGGCAGGCAGCAUGGGCCGGCCACUUGUACCAGAUAGCCCACAGGGAGUGCCUGGGAGCAGAGUCCUGGGCAGGACCUGGCCCACCGGCUGCCAGGACUCCUGCCACCUCCUCACUGGCAGAUUCUUUGGUAUUUCAAAAGAAGGGCAAAACCACUAUAAAUAAGCCAGAAAGGGCAGGUACCAGGUGUUUCACCUCCAGAAUUCAGAAACAAGCAAACAACACAUCUGGUGAGGGCAGGUCUGCAUCCCACCGAGGCUGACGAGGGAGGUGAACAAGCAGCUGGGAAACACUCAGUGGACGGACUCUGCCUGACCUGUGCCCUGUGAAGAGGGCCGGCCUCGAGACCACAGGGGACCCUCCUGGAGCAAGUUAUUGUUACUGCAGUCCUGGCCACCCCAGGAUAGAAAGCACUGGACCUGGACUAAGGUUGCAUCGUGGGUCCUGGGCCCAGCUCUGCCUUUGUCCCCACAGGGCAUUUGGGACACCAUGUUCCCUCUUGACAUCAUUUGUAAAAUGGGAAAGGGGAGUGAAGGGUUGGCCCGGUGGUCUCCAAGAUCAUUUCUCGCUUCUGCUCUUUGGAGCAACAGACAGCUCUGGUAUACUUGGGUGUACUUCCUGACGGGCGUGUGGGGUGCUGCCAGUCGGCCCUGGACGUGGCCUUGUGGCUGCUGUUUGGAGCACAGUCUUGAUGGAGUGCCCAGCAUCAAGAGAGAUGGGGGAGGGAGGGAGUGGCCGCAGAGGCCAGGCCGCUCUCCCUGUGGAGUUGGUGCAGCCGCUGGAGCGUGGGCUUGGAGCAGUUGCUGUGGCGGCUCUCCUUGCUGUCCUUCAGCCUGGCCGAUUACAUAAGCCAAGUUCAGGACUCUGCCUGGGCAGCAGGGGGUACUUCAGAACUUGCUGUGGAUUACUUCUGAAGUGUGUCCCUUGGGGUCUCAUCUCACCGGCCCCUGGAGAGGCAGUCUUGGCCGUGUGGCAAAUACCAGUGGCUGUCUGGCCCCUGUCCUGCAACUUACAGAUGAUCUUCCAGGAGGCCCAGGGUGGCCACCCUCACAGUGCCUGACCUCAACAAGGGCAGGUGCGCUGGGCUUCCGCCGCUGGCCCACAGGCAGACCAUGCUCCCACAGCUGGGUGGCUUGUUUCUUCACGUGUUCUGUAUGUAUGUAUCUCUUCCGUGCACUUGUCCUGUUCACAGGGACCAUAUUCCUGAUCAGCAUGAGCAGAGGUGGGAGAGGGCAGAAUCUUAUCUCCAGGAGGGGUUGCUGUUCAGUAUUUUUGAGUGCAGUAAACUGUCGUGGGACCCAAGGGCUGGAGAGUGCUCCCAAUUACUCCAGGGAAAGGAUCCGGACUCCAGGUCCCCAUGGCUGACAGCAGCCUAGCUGGGAUACCGGAGGCGUUAGUCUAAACUAACCAGAACAACUGCGUUUCACGAGGAUUCACUCUUUACUGAGUGAGGUUCAACCGCGUGCUCUGCUGGGCCCUGCACACUGCUGUGUGCGAAGCGCAUGCCGAGUGCCCGGGUGAGAACAAGUAUCCUCACGUCCGUGUUGAUUCUAACACGAGUCAAGUUCCGAUUAUAGGAAAAACUGGCUCCAGAAAGCGGCAUUUCCAACCCGGUGUCAUGGAGCACCCUGGAAGUGGUGGCAGUGGGGGCUGUCCUGGGGGCAUCUGGUGGCUAGAGCCACAUUUUGCAUACCCAGGAAUUCCCAUUCGCCCAGCUGAGCUAUAGGGAGAAGUGGGUGUGUGUGUUGGAGGCGGGUGGGUAAGAACUUUCUGGGGUUUCCAAGAAUUUGGAAGACACCUGCUUUUGCAGCUCAGAACCCCCAACUAAACCCAAGCUCAUAUGCUGCAUGGUAAACUCCAUGCAGCGGAAGGCCUGAGGCCUUCCUGAGGGAACCCAUGGACAGUGGCAGGUGGGACAUUUGGCCGCUCGUUUGCUUAAAAGCCUCAGUCCUGGGCAGGGGCGUAGCUCGGUGGGAGGGUCCUUGUCUACCAUGCACCAGGCCCUGGGUUCAAUCUUCAGGACCACGAGAAAACAGUAGAAACCCAGGCCUGCAUCUGGCUGUGACGGAGGGAACCUGUGGACUUCCACCAUCUCUGCCUCUUUCCCUGAGAUCUCCUGGCUUGGUCCCUGCACUGUGCUCUGGGUACCAGUGGUGGGGACUUCUGCGACCCAGCAGGCACAGGGCCCCAACUCAGCACCUAGCCCCUUCCCUGCCACAUGAAGAUGAGCUCAGGUCCUGAGACGAGGUGGCAGCAGCAUGGUAAUGGCAGGGGACUGGGGGCUGAGGGCCACCCAGCAGGCCAGCUUGGACCCUGCCUGCCCGCUCUUCUACUUCAGUUACCACCUCUGCUUGGCUGCACGAUCCAGCUAAUCGGCUCCUGGAGCAGGGGCGGAGGAGAGUGAUGAGGGCCAUCUGAUGCUCAUGUUCCUUGAUUCUCAUUUGCAAAGCUGCUGGUAGUCUUCCUGCAAAGAACUGAACAACCAAGGACACUAACUCGAUAUCUGCAAUGGGCCAGGGUAGUCUGGGUCCCAACAGCAGGAGGAAACGUGCUUUGACGUGCUUUGACAAGAGUGAGAGACCUUGUUAGUCUGCUUAAGUGUAGAAACCAUCCCCUUCUGACAGCGCGCCUUGAGAUGUGGGAUACCACAGGCAGUGUGGCGUGGUAACAUGGCUGCCGCCUCUUAGCUGGGUGUUGAGCAAGCUGCUCAGUUUCCUCAUCUGUAAAAUUAAGUUCUGGAAUCUCUUUCUAUAUGGGACACAGAAUUUAGGGGGGUGUCCCUCACAGGGAUGACAGGAAGCAUCCAGCACAGAACCUGGGGCUGUGGUAAGAGCCAGGCCAGUGGUUCUUGGGAGUCCUGAGGGGGUUGAAGUAUUCCUUUUAUAGGGGUCUCUGACAAAAAGUGAGAAGGAGUUGAAGAGAGAACUUUAUUCUAGAUUGGAGGUGCUGACAGUUGUCAUUUGCUGUGCAGCACUAAAGGAUUGUGGAAAGGGGACAGCAGCAGGGAGGAGGAGUGGGGGCUACGAGCAUCAGGAAGCAGCAGGCCUGAGGGAGCGAGGUGGUUUCCUGCUAGGAAUGUCUCCUCCGUGCUAAGGGCAGUUUGCAAAGAUGAAACGUUUGUUGCCCUGAAUGACUAUGAAAGAUGAUGUGGAGUCCCAAAUCGUGAUCUUAAUUUGGUGUGACUUUCCUUAUGCCCAGCAGGGACAUUUUCCCUGAGAAGUGCUUCUUAGGUGGUGAGGCUGCUCUACCCAGCAGUGACAGCUGGAUGGGCUGUGUCUCUUGGUCACAGAACCCCUGAGCCUUCCAAGCCUCUGAGGGAAAGGGCAGGGCUAGCGAACACAGAACCCCAGAGGAAGCUGCAGAGAAAAGAGAGGAUGUCAGUCUUCAGCCUGAUGCAUGGGAAAAAUGGCCAUCACCAGCCAUAAAUGACUACAGGGAGGGGCAGACCAGUGCCAUCCUUGUGGGGCACAGAGGGGACAAACAAUCCAGGAAGACCCAAGGAAAUUGCCUGAGGCCUCAAAGUGAGUUAAGCCAGAAGCAGGGCCAAACUCCAGGUCUUACCUGUGAGCCUAAGGAAAGGAAGGAGCCAGAUUUGUAGCCCCAGAGGAUGAGGGAUUGUCUCCGUUAAUGCCAGGUGCAGUGCACACGCCUGUAAUCCUAGUCGCUUGGGAGGCUAAGGCAGGAGGAUCACCAGUUAAAAGCCAGCCUCAGCAACUCAGCAAGACCCUGCCUCUAAGUAAAAUGUAAAAAGGGAUGGGAAUGUGG